UAGUAGGCAGGCUAACGGGUGAUGGCGGCGCUGCUAAUCUCCUCAGGAGGACCGACCUUGUUGUUUAGGUGAAUGAUUUAGAUAAGCGAGGUUGCUAUGAAGUGUGGGCAUGCAUGCUUGUGUGUGCAUGUGAUUGUGUCUGUAUACAUGCGUGUGUGCAUGUGGGCAUGUCUGCACAUGUUCACGUGUGUGUGUGAGUAGGCAGGGGCCUCGUGUGUGUGGGCAUCGUGCUGUGGUCUGCUGAAUGACCUAAUGGGUACAGGAGCAGUGAGAGGACAGCAGGCAGCUUUUGGGGGAGGUGCAGGCCAUUUCCGAUUCGCUCCUGCUGCUGGCUACUCCACCUUCUCCACCACCUCCACCCUGCUGUGCCAGGCCUGCGGACAAGCCUUCUCCGUCUUCAGGAGGAGGCACGUGUGCUGCGACUGUAAGAAAACCUUCUGCUCGCUGUGUUGCGUGCUGCAGGAGAACUUGCGCAGGUGUGCCACUUGUCAUCUGCUGAGGGAGACGGCCUUCCAGAGGUCCCGCCUCAUGCGCCUGCGCGUCAAAGACCUGCGCCUGUACCUGAUGCUGCAUGACAUCAGCACGGACACCUGCAGAGAGAAGGAGGACCUCGUUGACCUGGUGCUGUGUCACCAAGGGGCGGAGAGUGGGGAGGAGCCAGACACCCCUACUUCACCGUCACACCCUCUUCAUCGUGCGCCCACUGCAGACCCCGCCUCACCGCUCUCACUGUUUCACAGAGAACCAGUCAACAGUAGUGACAACUCAGGAUUCACCAAUCAGGGUGUUGGUGACUCCACCCCCCUCUUUAACCUGGAGCCAGCAGAGCGCCCACAACAGGGAAUGCGGACGUCCCAUGCGCCCCGUGCGUCCCUCUCAGACCUGUCCUCUCUGGAGGACGUGGAACAGCUCACAGUCAGACAGCUGAAGGAGAUUCUGGUCAGGAACUUCGUCAGCUUCUCCGGCUGCUGUGAGAAGUGGGAGCUGGUGGAGAGAGUGAGGAGGCUGUACCAUGAGAACAAUGGGACCCGCAAGUCUAACGGCGAGACUCGGUUGUCCAGCGAUGACAGUCUCUGCCGUAUCUGCAUGGACGCCGUCAUUGACUGCGUCCUGCUGGAAUGUGGUCACAUGGUCACUUGCACUAAGUGUGGGAAACGUAUGAACGAGUGUCCCAUCUGCAGACAGUACGUGAUCCGAGCCGUGCACGUCUUCAGGUCCUGAUGCCUGAAACAGCUUCACAUGCUGUGGAACGGAGGAGACCCAAACCUCGACCCUCCAGGUUCAUGCCUUAACAGAAGAGCUGAAUUAAACCCUACAGCGAUGGCACAGAUAUGGCUACAGUGUCACUGAGCAGAAACACUCAGCCCAUGGUGACAUGACCAGAGAGACUCUCUACUGAGACCCUCGUGCUGAGGCUGCCACUUGCCCUACAGACAUGCCACUGCCAACCUUGGACCCGCACGUCAUACCCACCCUCACCCUCGUCAUCUUUACCUUCACCCUCAUCCUCACUCUUCUUCAGGCCUCUCUUCCACUGUGCCUUGUGGGAGCUCUUUCACAGAUCUGUGUGUAUGCGUGUGCAUCUGUGAGUGAGUCCAGGGGAAAGGCUUGGUCCCACACCUCGUCUUCUUCACUGUUCCUUACCUAGUGGACUUUACAGGGACUGUGCGGACAUAUCCAAACAGGACAGUCCUACACACAGUUCAGUCACCCAGCAUCUCACUCAUGACACGUCUAAUAACAAACCGCAUGACUGUGACACACUGUGAGAACAUGAAUUAGAUGCCAAAUAUUUUUGUCUGUCUCCCACACUGUGUAGCCUCGUGUGUGUGUGUGUGUGUGUGUGUGUGUGUGUGUGUGUGUGUGUUUGAAAAACCAAACCAACAAAAAUGCACGAGUGAUAAUGACUGGGAUCUCUCAGUUAUGAUGCAUUGAGGUGAUUUCAAUAUGCAACUAAUAAUGAAAAUCUAGACCUACACUGUAGUUUUGUAAUCGAGCACACAAACUAAACGCUCAGCUAGGGUCUUGCUCAGCAGACCUCAUGUCCUUAUGUUGUCAACAUAUAAUCUGAUCUAUAUUUAAAUCCUGCAUAAACUUCACUGAUGACAGCAGGGCUGUGUGGAUUGUUCAGCGUGUAGUGUGUUUGUGGGCUAGUCUGAUUUUUUGAGCACAGGUGUUGAUAUGAUGGACUGUGGUGUUACUGGUGCACAUGGUCCUGUACAACAGGAACCCUGGCAUAGCUGGUGGGGUCGCGUUACACUUCAACCUUGGAGACACCGUCUCCAUCGUCUAACGUCAUCCCACACAUCCACCGUUACCCCUACCAGCUGCGGCUCCCCAAACACCCGUGUGGGAUGACCAGCAAUACCAGUCUAGUUCUGUGUGUGUUAUUCUCUCCAUUUUACUGUAGUACUGUGUAAAUGAUCAGAUUAUUUUUUUCUGAAAAAUAAAAGAUUUAAUCUUU